UACGUCCCCCGGGGACUGCAGCAGGGCUCGGGCGCGCCCUGCACUCCCCAGGUGGCAGGAAGUGGAGCGACCCAGCCCCAACCCGCUCCGCCAGCUCGUCCUGGGGGACGGUCCCCCCUCUAACCUCCAAGCCUGCUCUUGCCCCCCACACAGCUUGGGCACAGCCCCUCCCGCCUGCGGCGCCUGGGUCCAGCUCCCCACAGGGGGACUGCGUAGGGCUCCACAAUGUCUAGGGACGGCCUCGGCUGGCAGCUGCGGGGACAGAGCUGAGGAAACAGAGAAAAAGAGAAGUUGGCGGUCUGAGCAGCGUGUGGGCUGAAAGUGCCUGGGGAUCCUGGGCCCCUCGUCCCGCUGCCCUGACGCCCACCAGAGCCCGGAUCCCCCUUCCCCUGCCGGGAUGCUGCUCGCUCUGCUGCUCCUCCCCUGGGCAUGGGGGGCCCUGGCCGCCUCCCCUCCUGUCACCCCAGCAUCUGUCACCCUCCGGCUGCUCCACAUCGAUGUCUUCCACAAUGCCAGCUCCACGGACAUGCAGGGGAUGGCCCUGCUGGGCGACCUGGAGACCCACUCCAUGGACUGCAGCACCUGCGAGAUCCGCUUCCUGCAGCCCUGGGCCCGGCAGGGCCUGACCCCAAAGCAGUGGCAGGACCUGCAGCUGCUGAUCCAUCGCUCCCUGUUCAGCUUCAGCCGGACUGUGAACACAAUAGCCCAGCACCACGGAGGGGGCUACCCCUUUGUUACCCAGGGCUCCCUCCGCUGCGACCUGCACCUCAACGGCACCUCGAGGCGAUUCUGUGACGCCGGAGUGAACGGCGAGGACUUCAUCAGCUUCGACGCGGACACAGGCAAAUGGGUCGCUCGGCGGGGGGACAAGCUGGCGCUCUACGCCCAGGACGUUCUCAACCAGGAUAAGAGCACAGCCAGCGUGAUUCAGUUUCUCCUGAGAACGUGUGUCAAUCUGAUCAAGAGCUUUGUCCAGCAUGGGAACGAGUCUCUGGAGAGACAAGAGCGGCCGGUCGCCGUGGUGUUUGCCCGAGCGCCUCCCCCAGCCGGGACCCCGGCGCCGGUACUGCUGAUUUGCCGGGUCACCGGUUUCUACCCCCGGCCCGUCCGCGUGGCCUGGCUGCAGGAUGGGGAGGAGGUGGGGCCGGGCGGGCGGCUGAACUCCAGCGGGAUCCUGCCCAACGCGGACCUGACCUACCAGCUGCGCAGCUCCCUGGCCGUGGGGCCGGGCGCCGGGCACAGCUACGCCUGCCGGGUGCAGCACAGCAGCCUGGGGGGCCGGAGCCUGCUGAUCCCCUGGGAGCAGAGCAGGCCCUGGGGCCCCGGCCUGGCCGUGGGCAUCACCCUGGGGGUUGUGGCCGUAGCCGCCGUGGCCGUGGUGCUGUGGCGGAGCAGACGCAGGGACUACCAGGACGUUAGACCAGGGCAGUCCAGUCCCUGAGGGGGCGGCACCGGUCCCAGUGUGGGGAUCGGCCCCUCUCCUGAGGACAUGGAACUCAGGACCGGGUCUGUGCCCGGCUCCAGAGCUGAGGGCGCCGAAGGCAGGACUGGAUCGGGGCCCUGGGAGAUCGGGGUGGGGGGUGGGAUUCUCCUCCCUCUGGGACCUUGGGGGCACGGUGGACACUUGGGGGCGCUGUGGGAUCGCGGCAAUCCAGGAUCCGCAGGGAGCCGGCGCUGGCCUGUGCCGUUCAAUAAACCCUUCAGGGAGGGGCUGCUCAGCAGGCCCCACCGGGACCUGUAGGAGCCAGGGUCUGGGUGCAGGGGUCAGGCCGAGCUACAUACACAAAGGCGAUGGGCGCGUGGGGGUCCCAGGAGUAGGGUUACCAUAUUUUCUGCCUCCAAAUGGAGGACACUCCACGGGCCCCCAGCCCCACCCACACCCACGCCCCAACUCCGCCCCCUCCCCAAGGUCUCCGCCCCCUCCCCUGCUUCCCACGAACAUUUGAUUCGUGGGAAGCCUGAAGCAGGUAAGGGGGAGUGUGGGGGGAGGAGGCGCGGCCCAGGCUGGCCCCCCGGUG